AUGGAGAAGUCAAAAACCUCCUUUGAACAUGUGGACGAAGCGAUGACACCCGAGAGUGACUCACUGAGUGCCUCAGAAAAAAGCAAACUAAGACACAAGAUUGACCUGCGGGUAACCUGUGUUCUAGGCUUACUAUACAUGCUCAGCCAAAUCGACAAGAACAAUCUUGGAAACGCUAGUAUAGCCGGCAUGGAGAAAGACCUGAGCCUAACGGGCCCCAGAUACUCGAUGGUGGUGUUGUUUAUGUUUAUAACGUACGUUAUCUUUCAGCCAAUUUCUGUGGUCCUAGUUCGCAAGAUGAGUGGUAGGUCAUAUUUUACGCUUAUCGCCCUGCUUUGGGGUUUAACUGAAAUUUGUCUGGGGUUUGUCAGAGAGUGGUAUGAUUUGAUUCCUCUUCGGCUGCUGCUUGGGGCGUUUGAAGCCGGUAUUUUCCCUGGGUCUUUAUACAUGAUGUCUUGCUGGUACCCUCGCUAUGAACUCCAGCGACGCGUGGCUCUUUUCUAUUUUAUCGGUACCCUUGCGUCUGCAUUUACGGGUAUUCUGGCCUAUGGGUUCUCUCAACUUGAUGGUAAUGGAUCAGGACCUUCUUGGUGGUCGUCUAUUGCCGAUGGCCCUGAAGAAGGCGGAAUCGCUGGCUGGCGUUGGAUAUUCAUAUUUUUCGGUAUUAUUACCUGUGCAGUGGCGAUAACCUCGUUGCCUUUCGUGGUCGACUUUCCCGAGGUUGUGCUUGAAAAAGGCCGGCGAAAAUGGUCUGUCCCCUUUUUGACCACUAAAGAGAUAAAAUACGCCGUCUCGCAAAUCGAAGCAGAUCGAAACGAUUCCUAUGCUGAAGAAUUCAACCUCCGCCAAUAUAUUUCACAUGCGGCCGAUCUUAAAGUCUGGGCUCAUGCAGCACUUUUCUGUCUCACCACCACGACAAACUACGCUGUUGUUUAUUUCCUUCCAAUAAUUCUCCGUCAAGGCCUGGGGCUUUCACUUGUGGCAUCGCAAUGCUUAACCGCCCCACCAUAUAUUCUAGCAUGUUUAUGGAUGAUCGUCGUGGGUUGGUCAUCUGACAGGCUACGUAUUCGGUCGCCCUUCGUGGUUUUCAACUGCUCAUGCUCUAUUAUCGGUCUGGGCCUGCUUGGCUUCACAACCCACACAGCUAGUCGCCUGGUGGGUGCUUUUAUUGUGACGGCUUCUGGCUCCUCCAACCUACCAUCUACCCUUUCUUGGCAAUCAAACAAUGUCAGGGGUCAGUGGAAGCGAGCUCUGACCUCUGCGUUGAGUGUUGGUGCAGGUGGAAUUGGAGGUAUCAUUGGCGGCACUGUAUUUCGCACCCAGGACGCCCCCGAUUAUCAACCAGGUAUCAUCGCAGCACUGAUAGCCAACAGCCUCAUUAUUUUUAUUAGUCUGCUUCUGGUAUUGAAGUAUCAUCGCGCAAAUAAGAGGGCAGAGGGCGGGAUGGGUCUAAUCGAGGGCCUGGAAUCAUUCCGAUAUACGCUUUGA